AAGGGAACAUCUGAGCAUGCGCAGGAACGGACCUAUGGAAUCCGAAGUGGCCAAUUCUGGCAGAGCGCAAUCCUGCUUCAAGCAAGAGAAUCAACCCACUUUGAAAAGACGGUCCUGUCCCUGGAGCUGGAGUGUUAGACCCCGUUGCUGAGUCACUUGCCCCGCCUACCUUCCUAACCCCUGAUUGGACAGUUCAAGCUCUUCACCUGUUCUGAUUGGUUGAUUUCCCUUGGACAGUGGAAUUGUGGGAUUUCACCUCGUGGAGCGACUUUUCGCCGCCCGCUGCUUCAACUCGGAGGUAAGCGCUCUCUUCGGACCGACUUCGACCGGAUAAAGGACCUUUUAGGUUAUGUCCUUUCGAGACCAAGCUGUUCCCAGCACCAUGAAUAAAGGCAGCUUCUUUGCAAAUAACUCCAUGGAGGAUACCCAGAUAUCAGAGAAGAAAUCCAAGGCCUUCAAGGAUAUUUCCAAAUACUUCUCUAAGGAAGAGUGGGCAAAUCUUGGAUACUCAGAUAAAAUUACCUAUGUGUACAUGAAGAGAAACUAUGACACCAUGACUAGUCUAGGUCUGAGGGCCACCCUCCCAGCCUUCAUGUGUCCUAAAAUACAGGCUGUGAAAUCCAAUGGGCAUGAUUCUGAUGGCAAUCAGAAACCCAAGAAUCAGGAUGAAUCUUGUCAGGUGGCUUCUGAUAUGCAAGAGACAGAGCAAAUGCAGGUGAUGCUCAAGAAACAAAUAAAGGAAGAAAGCGAUUGGGAGGAAAUACCAAUAGCACCUGGCUCUGAGCAGGCUCAGAAAGAGCUGUACCCCCCAGAAAAAGAGAGUACCUCUAAUCAACAGAGUGAGAAUACACCAGGACCCAGGAAACGGGGGAAUAGCAUUUGGGCCAGCAGACUGCGGGAAAGAAAGAACCUGGUCGUGUAUGAGGAGAUCAGUGAUCCCGAGGAAGAUGACUAACUUCGGAUGUGACAAGUGCCCAUGAUAAGAAGCAGAACCUGGUGGUCUUUCAUGAACAUGGGCACGGCUGUGAACUAGCCAUCAGGUGUAUAGCAAGUAAAAGAGAGUUCACAAUAGUGAAAAGUUAAGCAUUAUUUUUCUUACUGUGUGCCAAAUAUUCUGUUAGAUAUUAGAAUUUUGUUAAUGAGCAAAACAUAUACUUAAUGCCUAUUUCUUGCUGUGUAUCCAUGCACUUACCUUAGAAAACAAGUAUCGUUGGGUAUUCUCUUCCCAAAAGAGCACGACCCUCCUCCCCGAUGUCACUACUGGAGGGCAAGUUCUGGGUGUUUGAUUCCACGUGUUUUUCUCUGCAUUUACACACACACGCACGGUACUACUAUAAGUAUCUCCCACGUGCUUUUCCUCACUGCCAACACGUCCUGGAAAAGUACUCCUUAUUUUGUUCCUGUUCAGUAAGUGCUCCCUGUUGCAAACCCUCAUUAUUCAUUUACAUUGCAUCAGUCAUUGAUAAUUAAUAAACAUUUACAAAUUUCUCUCA